UUGUCCCAAGAAAGUAAGAAAAAGAGAGAGAAGAGAGAUUGCGCCAACAUUUCAGUGAUUUUUGGGUAAUUGUUCUCGUGAUCCGUGCACAAUCAACAACUUGCAUAUUGGGUUCUUUUUGCUGUUCCCUCUUUUCUUCAUUUCUUUUGUUCAACAAUUAAUCCAAACCCCCUUCUUCUACAAUCACCCAUUUCAAGUUUUCCAAUUUGGAGAGUGCAAAAGAGCAUCUGAGUUUUCUGCUUUAGAUCCAAUGGGGGAACAAUUGUGACAAGUAUGGAUCCUCAAGCCUUCAUUAGGUUGUCAAUAGGCUCUCUGAGGUUGAGAUGUACAGGAAUCGAUCUGAGCACCGGAAAAUCUGGAAUUCAGAGACUCUCUUCACCUUGUGUUUGUGAGAUACGGCUUCGAGGUUUUCCUGUUCAAACGUCAUCAGUCCCCUUGAUAACCUCUGCAGAUGUCAUACCUGAUACUCAGAACAUUGCUUCAAGCUUUUACCUUGAGGAAUCUGAUUUAAAAGCAUUGCUAGCUCCUGGUUGUUUCUAUAAUCCUCAUGCUUGUUUGGAGAUUUCUGUAUUUUCAGGGAGUAAAGGCUCCCAUUGUGGAGUUGGCAUCAAAAGGCAGCAAAUUGGGAUUUUUAAAAUGCAAGUUGGUCCUGAGUGGGGUGAAGGAAAGCCAUUGAUUCUUUUUAAUGGUUGGAUAGGUAUUGGCAAGAACAAACACGAGAAUGGUAAGCCAAGUGCAGAGCUACAUUUAAAAGUGAAACUAGAUCCUGACCCUAGAUAUGUAUUCCAGUUUGAAGAUAUAACAACAUUGUGUCCUCAGAUAGUUCAGCUGCAAGGAUCCAUCAAGCAGCCAAUCUUCAGUUGCAAGUUUAGUAAGGACAGGGUUUCCCAGGUUGACUCAUUGAGCACAUACUGGUCAGGUGCUACUGACAUUUCUGACUUAGAAACUGAGAGGAGAGAGAGAAAGGGGUGGAAGGUGAAGAUACAUGACCUAUCUGGCUCAGCUGUAGCUGCAGCCUUCAUAACAACUCCCUUUGUUCCAUCUUCAGGUUGUGAUUGGGUUGCCAGGUCCAACCCGGGAGCUUGGUUAAUUGUUCGUCCCGAUGCUUGCAGAGCCGAGAGCUGGCAGCCAUGGGGAAAACUUGAAGCAUGGCGCGAGCGCGGCAUUAGAGACACCAUUUGUUGCAGAUUUCUCCUCCCUUCUGAGGCUCAGGAAGGAGGUGAAGUUCUCAUGUCUGAAAUAUACAUAAAUGCAGAAAAGGGUGGUGAGUUUUUCAUAGACACCGAAAAACAUAUGAGAACAACAACUGGUGUAGCAAGUUCCAUACCUAGUCCACAAAGUAGUGGAGACUUUGGUUCACUGAGUCCAAUGGUUGGAGGUUUUGUAAUGAGUUGUAGAGUUCAAGGUGAAGGGAAGCGCGGCAAGCCAUUAGUACAACUGGCGAUGCGACACGUAACAUGCGUGGAGGAUGCCGCCAUCUUCAUGGCACUUGCAGCAGCUGUUGACCUUAGUAUUGAGGCAUGUAAGCCUUUCAGGAGGAAGUUCAGAAGAAGUUUUAGGCAUUCUAUGUGAAAGAACAAAGCAAAGUGUAUGUACAAUCACUUUCAUGAAUGUGCCUUUUGCUUUUCUUUGCUGCAAUACUUUAGAAAAAAAAAAUGUACAGCAUAAGUUGCCACACAUUGGUACUCAGAAUUCUUCAACUCAUUAGCCUUGUGAUGUUGGUGGCUACAUGAUAAUGGGGCUUUUGUACAAUCAAUGUGCACAUAAAAAAGCUCUUAAGUUAAUCAACUUUUCUAAAAUUGACCACAUAAAAAAGCAUUUGACACAUUUUAUGUUAGAAU